GUCUUCAGAGCUUUUAAAAAUUAUCUCAUUACUUACUUCGUUCCCCUUUUAUAGGAAGAACAAAAUAAUUUAUGGCGAACCAUUUGCCAUUUAGCAAUUUAUACAUAUAUAUAUAUUUCAUGCACACAAGAGAUACGAGGGAUAAAUGCGGUCCUAGGCUCCGGUAAAGUUUACAUUUUCCCGGCUCUUUUUUAAUUGAUCGUUUGCGUAACUAUACGGUAUAAUAUGCGCCGACCCCGCGAGAUGGUGUGCCUCUACGGUCAGUUGUAGACGUAUAAUAAUAAUAUUAUUAUAUAGGAAACGACGAGAGGGAGCGCGAGCCGGCCGGAGACGUUCUCUAGAGCAUUGUGUCCUAAACAGUGAGAACCGCGCGACUAUGUUCGAUAUCGUUGCAUUGUUUUCGUCAGAUCGCUCGUAGAUCACGUUAGAAGACGAGACUGAAAUUCAAUUAUAUUUAGGACCACAUCGCACGGGUAGUUUCUUUAAUUCAAUUUUAAAUUUGCGGUCAAAAUUGACUUGACUCCAAUAAUUUUUAUAAAUUAGUUUCUUUACGCCCACUGAAUAUGUGAUAAAUUUUUCGUUGUAUCAAUAUUAUUUGAAAGCAAAAUGUCUGUCAGUUUUCUGCGAUGGACGAAAACAAUGAUGGUUUGGUUUAUCGUAAUCAUUAUAGGUAUAACUUAUUCAUCAUCCAUCAAAAAAGAUUUAUCAUGUUAUGUGUGUUCACCAAAUUCAAUUUCUGAUAACACAGAAGCUUCAGAAAUCUCUAUAACUUUUUCAAAUUACAACAUUGAAACCAUACCAACUUGUGGCUCAAAGGCUGCAGUCAAUUUUACAUUGAAAUGUCCCGAAGGAUACAAAGGAUGUCUAACUAAAACUUAUGGUAAAAGUAUACUGAAAUCUUGCAUUGAGUAUCCCAUUAUUGAUUGCAAAAUAGCAAAUAAUGUGAAGUAUUGUUUUUGUGCUAAUACUUUAUGUAAUAAUGCAACAAUUUUAACUCCGGUUCCAAUUGUAUCAGAUGAUGAAGAUUUAGACCAAUCAGCAGAAGAUGGAAGCGGGCUAUUUGAUGAUUUGACGAAAUUAGAUAAACAUAAAUAUAACAACAAAAUUAUUAAUACUACUGUAAUGUUAAAUACAUCUACAAGAAAUAAUUCAUUUACAAAGGCAUCAGCUAAUAAAUUAGUACUGCUUAAGCGUACUUAUAUUUUAAGUUUAAUAUUCAUAAUCUAUAAAGCUAUGUAAUAAUUAUAGCACUUUUAAAUAGUCACAUACAACAUCACAGAGAAUAGUGAUAUUUUUCAAUAAAACUAUGCAAUAUGAAUGUAUUAUAUUUUUUAUAUUUUAAAUUUUUAAAUAUAAUUGGUUAAUGUUCCUUGUAAUUUUUAAAUUCUGAAUAAAACAAUAAAAAUGACAAAUUACCUAACUAGUAACUUAUAACAGAUACAUUUUUAAUAUUUUUAUCCUCUCAUUAUUGUUAUGAACAAAUUUAAAUUUUACAAUUAAUAAUAUUAUCUAUACUUAUAGUUAUAUGAACUUCGAUUAAAAUUGUUAAAGUUUAUAACAAAUAAUAGGAUAUCACUAAAGGGAGGGUAGUACCCCACAACUGGUCAAGUAUUCAGCCCGGUUUUAUAUUAAUGUAUUAAUCUGUAAAUAAUACAUUUUUAUAGAUAUAGAUGAUAUAGUAUAAAAAUUAAAUAUAUUUUUUUUUAAAUUGUUCCUAUAUUAUAAUAAUUGAAUAAGUAUGUGAUCCUAAAUUGUACAUGAUAUUUAUUUAAUUUGUAGCUACCUAUAUGAUAUAAACUUAUUUUUACUCAAUGUUUAAUUAAACAAAAGUAUAAAAUACACUAUUUUAAAAUGUUUAGAAAAUACAAUGACAAUUUAAAAUUAAUAAGUACAAUGCCAAAA